AUGUCGACCGCAAUGAGCUCCACCAAACGCAGCUCCAGCAUACUGAGCUCCACCAGACUUCUCGGGCCAAAACGCACGAGUUUGUCACGUCCACAACGCUUAAUGUUGGAGCUCUCGCCCACCAGAUACGCCGCAGCGUGGUUCUUCAUCGUGACGUUCCACAUCGCCUGUGGCUCCUACCUCAUCUGCGUUGCGGUAACCUACUGGUUUCUCACCACAGGGACCAUGCCGUUCUACGUCUCGGACUAUUCGCUCACCGGUACAAAGUACUACCAUUUCUACGGCUUCGUGUUCGGCGUCGUCGGUGGAAUGCACGGCGUCUAA